GAGGUUGUGAAGUCAAACAACAGUGGCCACAUGUUUACUGCGAGUUGUAGCGAGUAGAAAAGAUUUUAGAAAUCCAUCACGGAUCAAAAUUGAGUUCUUCUGAACAGUUCUUCUUCGGUCAAAAUGGAUAAAACUGUCAGUGUAGUGCGCCAUUCUUAACACAUUUUUUUGCCAAAUGUCGGAGCAUCCGUUAUCGUGCCGCAGCAGAUAGUGUUAACAACAAGGACGGCGCAAAAAAAACGGAGAAAAAAACAUUUCUGAAACCCGCCCGGAAACUCAUCGCUGACCAUCCCGACGUGACCGGAUCCUGUUGGUCCGGUGCGACUAUCCAUUCAAGACGGUGCGCCAACAAGAAAACCGGGCCUAUGUUCGAGCUGGAUGAUCCACGGGAGAAGCUGAGACUGCUGGAAACGCCAGUGAAGAGCACCGACAAGUCGUCAGAUUCCAUCGACGGUGAGACGCUGAAGGAGCUGAACGGUGGAGGUGAAAACGGCAUCGGUGGCGGUGGAGGUGGUGGCAGUGCAGGUGACGAGGAGGAAACGCCCGUCCUGGCGAUGACCACCAUCGGUCAGCUCAAGGCCAAAAGCCGGCCCGGGCUGCUGCCCCGGAACGGUGGCAGUGGCCACCCUGGCGGCGAGCUGGACGAUGGGGAGCAGCGGGAAACGUGGAGCGGCAAGGUCGACUUCCUGCUCUCGGUCAUCGGGUUCGCCGUCGAUCUGGCGAACGUGUGGCGGUUCCCGUACCUCUGCUACAAGAACGGUGGCGGUGCAUUCCUGGUGCCGUACGGAAUCAUGCUGCUGGUCGGUGGCAUACCGCUUUUCUACAUGGAGCUUGCACUCGGCCAAUUCAACCGGAAGGGUGCCAUCACCUGUUGGGGCCGGCUGGUGCCACUGUUCAAGGGUAUCGGCUACGCAGUCGUACUGAUAGCGUUCUACGUUGACUUCUAUUACAACGUCAUCAUUGCCUGGUCGUUGCGGUUCUUCUUCGCCUCCUUCACCGAUAGUUUACCCUGGACGCACUGCUCCAACGCGUGGAAUACGGCCGAAUGUAAACCGUUUGGAUUUAGCAAUAGUUCCGUUGCGGCGAGUUCGGUCAGCAACCGAACGGCGACCUUGCUGACGAAUGUCACCGUCACCGGUACGGCCACCACCGCUGCCAGUGUGAACGAUACGCGAUUUGCUUCGGCCGCUUCGGAGUAUUUCAAUCGCUACAUCCUGGAGCUGGACAAGAGCGAGGGAAUCCACGACCUGGGGGCCAUCAAGUGGGAUAUGGCGCUCUGUUUGCUGGCGGUGUACCUUAUCUGUUACUUUUCGCUGUGGAAGGGCAUCAGCACGUCGGGGAAGGUGGUCUGGUUUACGGCCCUCUUUCCGUAUGCCGUGCUGCUCAUCCUGCUAGUCCGCGGUAUCACGCUGCCCGGUUCGGCCGAGGGCAUCCUCUACUACCUGCGACCAAACUUUGACGUCAUUUACAAUGCGGAAGUGUGGGUCGAUGCCGCUACGCAGGUAUUCUUCUCGCUUGGGCCGGGUUUCGGGGUGCUGUUGGCGUACGCCUCGUACAACAAGUACCACAAUAACGUUUACAAGGAUGCUCUGUUGACCAGUUUGAUCAAUUCGGCUACCAGCUUCGUGGCUGGAUUCGUCAUUUUCUCCGUGCUCGGUUACAUGGCUCAUGCUAGUGGUCAGAGUAUUAAGGAUGUCGCUACCGAAGGGCCAGGGUUAGUGUUUGUUGUGUAUCCGGCCGCCAUCGCGACGAUGCCGGGCAGUAUCUUUUGGGCGCUGAUAUUCUUCAUGAUGCUGCUAACGCUCGGACUGGAUAGCUCGUUUGGUGGUUCAGAGGCCAUCAUUACCGCACUCAGUGACGAAUUUCCCAAGAUCGGUCGCAAUCGUGAGGUGUUUGUGGCGAUUCUGUUCUCGCUGUACUUUGUCGUUGGACUGGCGAGCUGUACGCAGGGUGGAUUCUACUUCUUCCAGCUACUCGAUCGCUAUGCCGCUGGGUACUCCAUUCUGAUCGCGGUGUUCUUUGAAGCGAUCGCCGUCUCCUGGAUCUAUGGCACGGAACGGUUCUGUAAUGACAUCAAAGACAUGAUUGGUUUUGCGCCCGGCAUCUACUGGCGCGUCUGCUGGAAGUUUGUGGCACCCCUUUUCCUUCUGUUCAUCAUCAUUUACGGGCUGAUUGGGCACGAGCCGCUCAGCUACGAGGACUACAUCUAUCCGGGAUGGGCGAACGUACUCGGUUGGUGUAUAGCGGGCUCAUCGAUGAUCAUGAUACCGUUGAUGGCGUUCUAUAAGCUCGCCGUUACGCCCGGUAGCUUCCGUCAGCGCAUGAAGAUACUGACCACCCCGUGGAGGGACCAGCAGCUGGCAGUGAACGGGAUGGCGACCGAACCGGCCCAGGUCCGUUUGACGCACUCCGACGAGGGCGAGGAAGUUUGAGUGAGUUCGCGAUUCCGCUCACCUCGCUUUGAAGUUUAUUUCGUGUGACUUCCGUCGCUUACCAUACUCCUCAUCCAACUGCCCAUUUCCAUUCCUGCCUCCCCAAAACGUGUGGGCUACGAUCCCGUUUCCUGCAUUAAAGUAUGUGCAGCACGGUGGCGAACGCCAUCGCUUGUAAGGACCGGUAUGCAGAUAGAUUUCCCGAUCAUGAUCGAUAGCAUAAGCACAACUCACGAGUGAACAUACACACUUAAUGCUGUAUAGGAUAAUAUGAGCGUAGAUAAGGAAUCGAUUCGCUGAAGCUAGGCAAAGGCUUUAGCCGAGUGGGGAGAGUAACGAUGAUGCACGGUGCGAGUAUCACGUGCUGUACCCGAGCUUGUACAUACGAAACCACUGUGAACACAUGAGAAUAUGCGGGACAAUUUCGAGACAUCAACGAUCGAACGGAGCAGUUCAGUUCGACGAUUGGUGGCGCGCAGAAGAGUUAGCUGAUACGCUUCAAAACUUCUCUUACCAUACCUAGGCAGGUCGCCAACAGAUUGAUGUUUUAGGCGCAACUAGAGACUACUUAAAUAAGCUUGCUACUUAGUUUUUCUUUCCAUUAUGAUCAAACUUGUCACCUGUUUUCCCAACUGCACAAUCUGUUUUUCUAUCGAUUUUGUACUACUGCAAUGUGAUGUUUUUCUAUGCUAUGGAUUAUUCUUCUCAUACGCUGUGCUUGCAAGUCAAAUUGAUGGUCCAUUCCUUUCAGACUGUAAUAGUUUUUGCUUAAAAAUUAAGAAUAUCUAUAACCAAUGUAAUGAAUGCUAAAGCAAGCAUAGAGAUUUAUGCAGAAAAAGAAAAAAGUGUUUAAUAAGUAUUGCGAUAUGUAUAUGAACCAUGUUACACAAAUGAUAGAAAAAUCAAUAGUUGAAUAUGUAAAACAAACGCUGAUCCAUCCAUUUAAAACACGCUCAUAGGCAUGGCAAAUUAAAGGGAGUCGAUCAAGCAAAUAUCAUCUACCUUACAUUCAGCGGUUCGCAAAAAAAAUUGUUAAGCGAUAAAAGAAAAAGGGACGAAAAAGGAUAAUCGCUUCGGCUCACCCCCCUUUUUCCUCCCACCACCCUUUAAGCACCCUCUCGAGAUGAGCUUUCAAACAGCCAUAAAGCUCACCUCGAGUGAGCGCUGCACUCACUAAAAGGGAAUCCGAAUCGAAAUUCAAAAUGAAACGGAUCCUUGACGAAGGUUCGCCCGAUACCGGAAUUAUAACGAGGCACGUGUAGAGCUGCUUUUUUAUGCUGGAUAGCUUUUACCGGAUAAGAUUCAUCACGUAUACUGAAUAGCACGAUACCCUAGGCUCCGGCGGGACGGCAUAGCGGCAAGACAAAUAUUUCUAACAAAAAAACAAUGUACACAUUACAGGACGAAAACGAAAAGAAAACAAAAGUUGCAACACCAAUAACUGCGGAGCAACCCAAUCGAGCCGAUCGAAGCGAGUGCAGGAGCCAGUGCCGGCUGGUGUUCCAGUUCCGGUGCAGCAUGCAUGUCUCUCCAUACAGCCAUUGGAGGGCACGGUGCAUGGCUGCAUGGUACACCACACCCGGGUCACUUCUCAGCCACAGCUCAGCAGCAGCAACUCAGCGAUUCGAGGCGACUCGAUUCGGUUCACUCGCUCCAAACCAUGUGUUCCCCAUUUUUUAUGCUGCAUGUGUGUUAGGCGAAUAUUGUUGUCCUCACCUCAGGCUGCGCUCGGGCAGUGUGUAAAUCAGUCACAACGAAGUACUAUACCCGUGUACCGCGUGUUAGCAUUUGUUAGUUAAACGUUCCGGUGUGUAAAGGUUACCAGGAUAAGGUUAUCAUGUGAGUGAGAGUGAGAUGGAAGGUUGGAGUGGAGUUAAAGUGUGAUGAUUUAAACGCCGAUCGCACGAUUCGGUCCUGACCGUUCGGCGUGCGUUGUUGUGUUGGGUUGAAUUGAUGGAAUAAAUAGACGGAUUUUCAUUUGACAGUCGAA